AUGCUCCCCAACGAACUCUUUGACGAAACGCUGCAACAUCUCCCUCCUAUGCACCUGAAGUCGGUCGCUCUGGCUUCGCGCCGACUUCAUAUGCUUGUCCAACCGUUCCUCUUCCGCGAAGCUCGUCUCUUCGUACAUUCGCUGGCCCCUGGUGAAGGUCGUCGCCUCUUGGGCCGGGCUAACGAAUACGACGAAACCAUGGAAAGAAUAGUCUUCUUCACGUCUCAUGGGGUUGCGCGGCAUGUUCGCGUGCUGCAUGUGUGGGCACAGAACAACAGGGAAUACGACUCACAAGGCGAUGAAGGCACACACUUACCGCGCGACUUGCUCUUCUCCGCCCUCCCCAAGUUCGUCCGCCUGCAGAGACUAAUUGCCCAUGCAGUCAUAUUCAGCCGCUCCACGCUGAUGAAGCUUGCCACUGUUCCCCGCCCAUUCUCGCUGGAGCUCGAUAUGUGUUGUUUCCAAGUUGGCCCAGGCGACGACCCCAUCGCACUCGCCAACACCGUCCGCGUGUCCGCCUUGAAGCUAGAGUAUAUCAAGGCCCCGUGGAGUUGGCUGGGUGUCUGCAAGCCCGAGGCACUUCGUACAAUCGACUGGAAUAUCUGUGAAUUGGUGGAUGGGGAGGACUCCGAGUCGGAGAAGAUAGUCCUUCCACGGGUGACGACUAUCAACAUGCAGUUUCACUCGCUUGAAGACCUGAGCGAGUCCAACUGGCAGCUUAUGAAGCGCUGCUUUCCGGCGUUGCAGAGGCUCCAUAUCACGUCUGCGUGGAAAUUCGAUCCCGAGGAGGAAGUGCUCCAGGCUGUACCACCGCUGUGCCCUCCUCUGCAACAUUUUGGUGCUUUGCGCGAGCUGCGGACACCGUGUGCGAUGCUGCCCGUUCUUCUCCCAGGAUCUGCAAUAAACACUUUGCACAUUACAGAGGACAAUGCCUCCGAUCUCCUGGCAGUGUUGCAACGCGUCGAGAAACGCAUCCCAUCUACGAUCACCACGCUCACGUUCAACGGGGUCCGCCAAGGGAAACUGGACAUGUGGCCAGCGCUUCUGCUACCCUUCUCAUCGCUGCAAGUUUUAAAUUGCUCUGGAUGCUUCCAGCCUGAGGAGGCGGAGGAGCCAGCAGUCUUGACCGCACAGAUAUCUGACUUCAUUAGUGGACUUCCGUCGCUCCUUCCGCCGAGCUUGACCCAUUUGAAGUUCACUCUGAUAUGUCCAACUCCAGAAGGCCUAACUCUCCCCUCUCUUCCAACUACCCAGUCAUUGCAGACACAACUAAUUGAACGGUGCGCCCGUUUGAAACAAAUAACUGUCCAGCUGCACCCAGAGGUUUUCCUACUUGAAUGGACUGCUGGGUCUGCUGCAGGGGAGUCUGACCAAAGUACUUAG